UUUUUUCGCAUAUAUGCCUAUGCAUUUUCAUAGUAAGUUCAAUAUUGGACACCCAUUAACUGAUGGGCACAAACACCUGUAUCUGUGUCUCACCUUGGCGGUUUUGACGCACUUCUUUAGCAUUUUCUCAUGAUGUUUGAAUUGAGCAGUAUGUUUUUUAGUUCUGCCUCCAUUAUUUAGAUUGUUAUGAGAUGGAUAUAAGUGUACUUCUCUUUCUUUUCUGUGUUAUUUUUUCUUGAUAACACGGUAAUAUUGGUGAUUUUUCAAUCCUCUCACCUUCAUCCAGAUGAAUUUUGGAAAUUAUUGCUUUACAGGUUUGGUUGCAAUGACAGAGCAGGGAUUAAUUCAUUAUGGAGAGACACAAGAAUUAUGGGUAAUGUGCCCUAUAUGUCGGCAACGUACUGAUAUUCGAAAUAUUGCUUUUGCUGAUGAUAGACAAAUCAAAUCCUAUAAUUCUUGUAACCCAAUUACAUUCCAAGGUCAUGAAAAGCCUGAAGCUCUUAUAAACGUUAAAGGUUCAUAUGGAACAAAGAUUGAAGCAGUCACAAGGAGAAUACUGUGGAUCAAAUCUAUUGAUCCCAAAGCAAAAGUAAUUGUCUUCUCCAGUUGGAACGAUGUCCUCGAUGUGUUGGCACAUGCUUUGGCUGCUAACGAUGUCUGUUGCAUACGGAUGAAAGGUGGCAGGAAAGCACAUGAUGCAAUCGCACAGUUCAAAGGCCAGAAAACCAGUGCAAGAUGUAUGACACAAGACCAGCAAUCAGAACCAAAAUCCAUCCAAGUGCUAUUGCUCUUAAUCCAACAUGGAGCAAAUGGCCUUAAUCUCUUAGAAGCACAGCAUGUCAUUCUUGUAGAGCCACUGUUAAAUCCUGCUGCAGAAUCACAAGCGAUUAACCGGGUUCACCGAAUCGGGCAGGAGAAGAUAACACUCGUGCAUCGAUUUAUAGUAUGAUUUUAUUCCUGUUUAUGCAUUUACCAUUGC